AUGGCUCCCAAGCUCACCCGCAUCUCAAAGGCCUGCCGCGCUUGCUCCACCAAGCGCAAACGCUGCGAUGGCCUCUCGCCAGCGUGCACCCCCUGCACCCUCGCAAACGUCCACUGCGAGUACGUAGACACCGGAAGGCGUCGGGGAAGGCCACCAAACAAGCGCGACCGCGACCGCCAUGGCGAUCUCCCGCCCCAAGCCCAAGCUUUGGGCCCCUCGCGCUCCACGGCCGACCUUGUUGCUGGCGUGCACCGCGGCCGAUGCUGGAACCCCGCGGCGUCGGACUCGGCGCCUGUCCAGCCUAGCCCUCGCACGCCGUCGAGCUUCCCAAGGCCUACGCACCUGGACCCCGCUGCUGCCGCCGCGCCGCACCUCGAGCGCAGCCUCAGCGUCUUCGCAACCGGCCAAGCCACGCCCGCGCCGCGCAACCUGCCCUCGCACAUCGAUGCCUGGCACGACGACCACCGCCUCCGACUGCCUCCCCUCACGGCCCACAGCGGCAUCGGCUUCCCAGAUGCAUAUGCAUUCGGCCGCACCUUCCCCUCCCGGUCGGACCGGCUGCGGCGGGCGCAGGCCAUCGACCACGACGCCACCGACCCGCACGACGCCCCCGACCGGCAGGCACCCACCGCACACAACUUCCACCGCUUCGGCACCGACCUCGAGCGCCUGCCAUCGACCGUCGUCCGCUUCCUCUUUGACGUCUACUGGCGCCACUCGCACGGACACUGGCCCUUGCUCUACAAGCCCGACGUGGUGCGCAUCCCCGACGCCCGCCUUUCGACCGAGAUCCGCGAGCCCCUCUUCAGCGCCAUCAUCUGCACCUCGGCCUCGAUCGCCGCAGACUCGCCCGCCGCCCACCGCUACGUCGAGGCCAUCGCCGACGCCGCCGUACAGCGUACCAUGCAGGCGCUCAGCAGACCCAGCCUCGACGUCUUUCAGGCGCUCCUGCUCCACGUCGUCCGCGUCUUUGGCACCGGCGACGCCCGCCAGGCUUCGCUGCUCCUCGGAUACGCCAUCCAGCUCUGCACCAACCUCGGCCUGCACCGCCCGCGCCAGAGCACCGUUGCGCGGAUGAGCGUCGGCGAGUACCAGGCGCAGCUGCGCUCGCUCUGGUCGUGCUACUGCCUCGACAAGGUCAUCUCGGUCGAGAUGCGCCGGCCGCCCUCGUUCCGCUUCGACACCAUCGCCGCCGAGCUCACGUCCGAGUGCGAGCCGGACGAGUUUGAGGUCGUCUACGAGGCCUCGCCCGUCGUCGAGGGCGGCGAUCCGGCAAAGGUGCUUGGCCGCCUGCAUGCCCUCUCGCUGCUCAACCUCACCACCCGCAUCCUCCACAUGCUCGAAAAGGCGCUGCUAAAGUGGGACCAUGGCGUCGUCGACGACCACGACGACGAGGUGCUCCUGCUCCAGCGGCAGCAGUCGCACCUGCCGCUCACCUGGGAGCAGAGCCUCGACAUUGACCGAGAGCUCCAGGAGCUCGUCCACCGCUGGCCCCAGCACCUCCGCAUCGGCCCCAACAGCUCGGCCGCCGUGCCCAACGUGUCCUGCCUUCUCAUCGAGGUCUACAUUGCCAAGAUCCUCAACUUUCGGCCCUUUGUGCUGUGGAACGAAGACCUCGCCGCGGCGUCGGCAUCGUCGUCGUCGUCGGCAGCCGCAGCGAUGGCGACUUCGUCCGUGGCCCCGGAUGGCGAUGGGCCACCCGGCACGGCGGCGGCGGCAGUAGCGACAACGUCGAACCAACACGCGUCGACGGCCGCCUCGAUCUGUCUCGCCUCGGCGCUGUCGGUCGUCCAGCUGUUUGGUGGCAUCUCGCGCUCUGGCCUGCGCUUCAUCGCGAGCAACAACAUCUACUCGAUCUUCACCGCCGCGUCCAUCCUGAUCCCCUACACUGCGGCCGACUCGGCCUCGCUCUCGCGCCAGUGCCGAGCCGCCGUGUGGAGUUGCCUCUGCUGGCUCGACGAGAUCUCGGCCACUUCGCGGCUGGCCAAGAGGCGCAGGGACUCGCUCGAGACGGCAGCCAGGCGCCUCGGGUGGGUGCCCAGCCCGCCGUCGGGCGAAGACGCGGAGGCGAAUGGAGCAGGUCCGCCGCAGCAGCACCCGCAACAGCGGUAUCCGGCCCAGCAGCAACCGCCGCAGCAAGGACGUGCCACUACUGCGACCGAGUGCGAUGGCAACCCCGGCAGGGACACGCAGGGCCUGUCGGCGGCGCCGGCACGGCUGCAGGAGGGGCUCGAUCCGGCAGGCGGCCUGGCGGAACCGCACAUGGCUCCUACCGAGGGACCACCGGCGAUGGCGUCAGCGACGCUGCCAGCAGUCAUGGACCAGACCGACACGACGGCGGAUCUGGACGAUCCGAGCCUGUGGAUGGCCGACCUGGCCGAACAGUGGUGCAUGCUGGGCAGCGAGCCGCCGCCGCUGCCGCCGCUGGCCUCGUCCGACGACCUCUACCUCGAUCCGAGCGUGCAGGCGCUCAUCAGGCAGUCGAUCUUUGGCGACGGAGCCAGUUGA